AUGCCUGAUCUUCCUGGAACUUCCGGUUCGAACAAUGCAGAAUCCUCACCUGAGAAUCCUCCCGCGGCGCCACGCAGGUCCCUCGUUACGAUCCAUGAGACGCAUCCACUGGUGCUGGAGAAGGACAAGUCCAUUAUUCCGGAGCACGGCGUCAUCCACUAUCCAUUCUACUACGGCGGUCUUGCCAGUUGCGUCUCUGUGUGUUGCACACAGCCAAUGGGUGUUGGUCAGUCUCGCCCACUUCGCCUUCGUCCAUAUGAUACUGACGAGCAGCAGCUGGUGUAUCUCCGCCUGCAAACACAUGACCACAGUGUGGCUCGUCUGGGCAUGAUGCGGAUCUUCGGUCAACUCGGUGCAUCCCUUACCAGAACCGUCAUCUACUCGGGCCUGCGUUUCGGCAUCUACGAAAAGCUCAAAGAGCUAUCGACAACACCUACUCACACUCCCACGGCGCCGGCCAUGGCGGGACUUGCUGCGAUUUCUGGAAUCGCCGGCAGCCUCAGCAGCAACUUUGCAGACAUCGUCUGUCUCCGGAUGCAGAACGAUCUUGGACUUCCCAUUGAUCAGAGACGGAACUACAAGAACAUCGGACAUGGCGUGGUGAAGAUGAUCAGAACGGAAGGAUGGCGCAGUAUCUGGACCGGCGCGGGCGUCGGUGCCGGACGAGCAGCGGUGGGCACCGCGACACAACUGGCCGGAUACGACAUUUUCAAGCGCGAGCUUUUGAAAAGGACGACUCUCGGCGACGAUAUCCCAGUGCACAUCACCGCCAGUUGUCUGGCAGGAUUCCUGUCGACGCUGCUGUGCAGUCCUCUGGACGUGUUCAAAGCGCGAAUUAUGACACAGAAGAAGGGUGGAUCCAUUCCGGGCAUGAUCAAGCUCAUGUUCAAGACUGAGGGUCCUCUCUGGAUGUAUCGUGGCUUGACUCCGGCCCUGAUCAGCAGAGGUCCGUCGACAAUCAUCACAUUUGUUGCUUUCGAGCAAUUGAAGAAGGCGUAUCGUCGUACGCAUGGUUUCGAGGCUUGA